UGCACAAACAUAUUUUUGUUUCCACAUUUUGGAACGUGUUGCUUUUCUCUGUUUUAUGCUACUUAAAAUUGAAUAUCAUUGGGUUUUAGACUGCUAUUUGAACAAAACAAGCCACUUGAAUCAUCACCAUGGGUUUGUCGUAAAAAGGCAAUUAUCAUUAUUUUCUGACAAGUUAUAGAUUACACCAUAAAGGCCUUAGCUGCUAAAAAAUAGGAUCAGUAUUAAGAGGAAUAAGACAAAUGGGGUGCAGCCCUAUUAUAGACUACAAAAAAGUAUGAAUCCAUAAUGGUUAAGAAUGAUCAUGUGAUUCACCUUGUGAAAUCAAUUCCAACAAUUGAGUCACUGUAAACAAGCCUCCGCUCAGGGGACAUAAGAGAAGAUUGCGCAGCGUGUGAAACAGCAUGAACAAGGAAAAGUGGAGACAGAGAGCACAGUGCCAUUAUGUACCGCAUGUAGCACUUAACAUGUUCAUGUUGCAUAACCAUGUGUCAGUCACCAUGUAAUAUUUAGUUAGCAGGUCCUAGCGUCUUCCAUGCCUGGGAGCAGAGUGUGAUCUAAACCGAUUUGAUGAGGGUGAAGGAUACACAAUGGAAAGGUGGUGGAGGAAGAACAAGAUGUUUGCAAGAAGUCAAGGUUACACAAGCCUUUCCUGUGGCCCUGGGUCCCCACCCCAGACUUCACCGGGAUUUGAAGUUCGGGAAAUCUGCCAGCAAGUGGGAAAGUCUUUCAUUUUUAACAAGGGUUUUCUGGAGAAGCAUCCUCUUGUAUCCAGUCCCAGUUUCCUCCUGUUCCUCUCCAUCUCACUGCCUGGAAACGGACUCCAAACUUUGGACGGUGGAUUUUUGGAACACUUAUUUGGAGAGGCAACAAAGGACAAGAGUACAGUGUUGCAACAACACAAGGAGACCCUGGCUCCUGCAAAAAUGGCUGACGAGGCGCAGCCUGACCCCGACAGCCUGCAGAUUCCCGGUGAUCAUUUAUCAGCCCCUUCAUCGCCUGCCACAGCUCGAAAUGACUGCAGCAUCACACCCCUCACACCUUCACCCUCACCGAGGGUGGAGGUCAGACCCCGGAUGUCCUGUCCUUUCUCAGUUGUCGUGGCGAUAGACUUUGGGACGACCUCCAGCGGCUACGCCUUUAGCUUCACUCAGGACUCAGAGGCCAUACACAUGAUGAAGCGCUGGGAGGGAGGGGACCCCGGUGUAGCCAAUCAGAAGAGCCCAACGUGUCUGCUUCUGACUCCUGAAUUGAAGUUCCACAGUUUUGGGUUUUCGGCCCGGGACUUUUACCACGACCUGGACCCGGAGGAGGCUCGACACUGGCUCUACUUCGAUAAGUUCAAGAUGAAGAUCCACAGCACAAGUGACCUCACCAUGGAGACGGAGCUGGAGGCGGUCAGCGGGCGGAAGGUCAGGGCCAUCGAGGUGUUUGCUCACGCCCUGCACUUCUUCAGGGAACAUGCUCUAAAGGAGGUGAAGGACCAGUCGUCAUCAGUGCUGGAGGGAGAGGACAUCCGAUGGGUGAUCACCGUCCCAGCUGUGUGGAGACAACCCGCCAAACAGUUCAUGAGAGAGGCUGCAUACCUGGCUGGUCUGGUGUCUCCUGAUUGUCCGGAGCAGCUCCUCAUCGCUCUGGAGCCGGAGGCCGCGUCCAUUUACUGCCGCAAGCUCCGCCUCCACCAGGUGCUCGACCUGAGCUUACAGCCAAUCACAAACGGCUUCGACCUGGAAGACUCCAGGCCCUUCGAAUCUAGCUUCAGACAAGCGAGGGAGCAGUUGAGGCGAUCCAGACACAGCAGGAUCUUCCUGGUGGAGAGUGGAACCGGAGAACUGUGGUCGGAGCUGCAGACUGGGGACAGGUAUAUCGUUGCAGACUGUGGAGGAGGGACAGUGGACCUGACGGUGCAUCAGAUCGAGCAGCCACAGGGAACACUCAAAGAGCUCUACAAGGCUUCAGGCGGUCCGUACGGUGCGGUCGGAGUGGACCUGGCCUUUGAAGCCAUGCUGUGUCAGAUCUUCGGUGAGGACUUCAUCAAGAGCUUCAAGGCCAAGCGUCCGGCGGCCUGGGUGGACCUCACCAUCGCGUUCGAGGCGAGGAAACGGACUGCGGCGCCGGGCAGAGCCAACGCCCUCAACAUCUCCCUGCCCUUCUCUUUCAUCGACUUCUACAAGAGACAACGAGGGCAGAGUGUGGAGGCCGCCCUGAGGAAGAGCAAUAUGAACAUCGUGAAGUGGUCGUCCCAGGGGAUGCUGCGGCUCACGCAGGAAGCCAUGAACGAGCUCUUCCAGCCCACCAUCAGCAAUAUAGUCAAACACAUCGAGGAGCUGGUGGCAAAGCCCGAGUUGCAAGGCGUGCGUUUCCUCUUCCUGGUCGGUGGUUUUGCCGAGUCGCCCAUGCUGCAGAAAGCUGUCCAGAGAGCAGUGGGGCGGACGUGUCGCAUCAUCAUCCCCCAUGACGUGGGACUGACCAUUCUGAAGGGGGCCGUGCUCUUUGGGCUGGAUCCCACCGUGGUCAGAGUGCGCCGCUGCCCCCUCAUCUACGGCGUUGGCGUCCUGAACCGCUUCGUGGAGGGGCGCCACCCUCGGGACAAACUCCUCAUCAAGGACGGCCGUGAGUGGUGCACCGACAUCCUGGACCGCUUCGUCUGCGUGGACCAAUCGGUGGCUCUGGGCGAGGUCGUGAAGCGGAGCUACACCCCCGCUCGUCUGGGGCAGCGCAAGAUCAUCAUCAACAUCUACUGCAGCCCCUCGGAGGACGUCACCUACAUCUCAGACCCCGGGGUCAGGAAGUGCGGGACGAUUACUUUAGACCUACCGGAGCCGCUACCGCUACCGGGAGCAGUGGGAGGAGCAGGCGGAGGAGGAGGAGCAGGAGGAGCAGGAGGAGCAGGACCGGAGAGGAGAGAGAUCAGAGCCACCAUGCAGUUUGGAGACACGGAGAUCAAAGUCACAGCGGUUGACGUCAUGUCUAACCGCUCCGUCCGGGCUUCCAUAGACUUCCUGGCUAAUUGAGGAGGAGCAGGAAGUGGAGAACAGGAAAAAACGGAUUCUUGGGAUGAUAAUUGUAGAAUAAUAAGCGGUACUUUGGGAGUGGGAGACAGGUUUUUUUGGACUUCUAAGACUUACAUCCUGUGAUUCAGACAUUUAGGCUUUACAUUUACUCAUUAGAGUAGAGAAUAAAAAUGUAUUCAAACUUUUUUUUUUUACUCAGCAUCUCCUCAACUGGAGGGUAGGGCAGUAAGGGCACCCUUUAUUAACAAGAGAAGAAGACAGUAUCUACUGUCUUCAGUCACCUUAUAAUGCUGUCACACGCAUUUCCUGCCCCUUUCCUUUUGUAUGACCUCUGUAAAACCAUAAUGGAAGCUGGAGCAGUACACAUCCCUUCUCCAAUAAACAGAUACCUUCUAAUAAAUCAACCUGUCCGUAUUAUACUACCUAGAGAGAGACUCACUCACGUUCAUUCUUUAAUAGGAAGACUGUUUCCUUUUCCCCUCAUAUAAUGAAUCACACAGGGAUUUCAAAAGGGUCCGAUACCUCAUUCAUUCAUAUUUUUCUGUCCAUAUAUGAGCUAUUGACUACAUCUACCUGGACUGCAGCUUUGUUCCUGAUGUGACUGUGGUUGAGCGUGACCUAGUGGUGAAAGACUGAACUACAAGCUAAAAAUCAUUGAAGUAGAAACUAAGGACCCUUUAAAAGGAAGGACUGUGGCAUUAUUGCAAGAUGUGCAAGUUACUUAAACCUUACAUCACUAUUCAGGUGUAUUUAGUGUUAGACAUUUUUCACAUCACAUUACUUGAGUAAACUUGUCUUUAAAAUAUAAGUCUGCUCCUUUGGGGGCUUUAGCCUUGAGCAUGCUGUGCCACAUUAAAUGUAUAUCUUUAUGCUGUAAUAAACUGUAUUCGUAUGCAUGUAAAGUAAGAUUAUGAACCAGUGUACUAUGUUCAACAUGAGACGUAACCUCAUUUUUUUGCAGUUCAUUUCCUUCCAAAUUGUGCAGGUUGUAAAGCACAAUCCUGUUAUUGUCCCAAUGAUUAAUCCAUGGCCCUACAUUUUACAAUAAAACACUUUUUACUAAUUUUCCCCACAGUAAAAUACCUUAAUGUUCUGUCCCCACCCUUGAACAUUUGUUAAAAAUAACAGACACAAGUCAGCAGUAUGAUUUCAGCUGUGCAUUUAUUGAUAAGAAUGGUCCAAUAAAUAGUUUCACAGCCUAAACAAUGAAUGGUUCAGAACUCUUUAACAUCAGUGCUUUACUUCCCAUGUUACACAUCAGUUUGUCAGGUAACACAAGCGCAGAUUAGAGCUGAUGGAACAGCUGCUUCAGAGGAGAGCUCACUUUGAGGGGACAGGAGUGUUUCAUCAAAC